ACAUUUCCAUCUCUCUCUCUCUCCAUAUUCCAAUUCCAAAUGGCUUCUUCAGUUUCAGGUGGAGGCAGCUGCUUCAACACUUGUUCUUCUCUUAAUAAUACCACCUCUAUUCAUCAUCACCAACACCAACCCACCACCCUCUCAAAUUUAUAUAUGACUUCUUCUUCUUCUUUCAUUCAUCUUCUUGCAACUGGUAAACAUGAUGCUGAUGAAGAAGAAGAAGAAUGUUCACUAAUCAGUAGUAAGUGGUGUCUGAAUUCUGAUGAUGAAGUGCUGUUACCAAAGCACAACUCAUUCCCACCUGCUGCUGCUUCUGCUUCUCUCCCUAUAUCACCUCCUCUUUCUCCUUCUUCUUAUCUUUCCUUUCCUUCUAUUCUUCUUCAUUCUCCUCUCUUCUCCUCUUCUAAUGUUCUUCAAUCUCCAACGACCACCGGAACCUUUUCCGAGCUGUCCUCCAAGGACAUGGACAAGGAGGACACCACCAACUACACUGAUUUCUCUUUCCUAUCCCAAACAAGGCCUUCCAAUUCUUCAACGGAUUCAUUCACAAGGCAACAAGAAGAUGGCACGUUCAAUUCACUUAACAAGCAACCUGAUUUUUCAACAUUAAAUUCUGGGUUGAAAUCAGAACCUGCCCCACUACAUAGUUUUCCUCCAGAGCUUUCCACAGUUCAAACAAACGUACACGGUGUUUCUGCCCCGCCGCCGCCUAGCCAAAUGCAUUACUCUCAACCACCACAAUAUGUUAAGGAGCAGAGAAAAUCAGACGAUGGUUACAAUUGGAGGAAAUACGGACAGAAGCAAGUUAAGGGAAGCGCGAAUCCUCGUAGUUAUUACAAGUGCACUUUCCCAAACUGUCCUACCAAGAAGAAGGUCGAACAGAAUCUGGAUGGACAUAUUACCGAGAUAGUGUAUAAAGGAUGCCACAACCAUCCGAAGCCCCAAUCCACUAGAAGAUCAUCUUCCAACUUGAUUCAGAAUCAGGAGUACAGUAACCACUCGAACUCAUUGUUUGAAAAUGCUCGGAAGCAGGGCGAGACAACCCCAGAGAAUUCAUCAGCUUCUUUUGGCGAUGAUGAUUUUGAACAGGGCUCCUCGAUGAGUAACUCAAGAGAGGAUGAUGAGAGUGAGCCUGAAGCCAAGAGAUGGAAGGGGGAAAACGAGAAUGAGGGGGUGUCAGCUUCUGGAAGUAGAACAGUUCGAGAACCUAGAGUUGUAGUUCAGACAACAAGCGACAUCGACAUUCUUGAUGAUGGUUAUAGAUGGAGGAAGUAUGGACAGAAAGUGGUCAAGGGCAACCCAAAUCCUAGGAGUUACUACAAAUGCACUUCUAAUGGCUGUUCGGUUAGGAAACAUGUGGAACGAGCAUGCCACGACUCAAGGGCAGUGAUCACCACAUAUGAAGGGAAGCACAAUCAUGAUGUCCCUGCAGCACGAGGUAGUGGGAGUUACAAUAUGAGCAGACAACCAGCCAUGAACACAACUCUAAAGCCGUCUGCCAUGAGCAGCAACUCUAAUGGGAUGAACUUCCCCAACCCAACUGGGAUGCAAACGAUGCAAAACCAAACACCAUACUCUCUUCAGAUGCUUCAGAACACAGAUGGUCUUGCAUUUUCAGGUUUUGGAAACUCAGCAGGUGCCUAUAUUAGUCAGAUGCAGCAGGGACAGAAUUCCCUGGCCACAACCAAAGAAGAACCUGGAGACGACUCAUUUUUUGACUCUUUUCUAGACUGAAGAUGCCCUGGGAGCAAAUCCUGGGUACUGGCAAAUGCUUAGCUACUGUUGUGUGACAAAUAAUUUGUGAUCAUAUUGGCAUUUUGUUGUAAAUCUUACAAUAGGGAUUAGGGGGUAUUUUUUCAUUAGUUCUGCCGUCAUUGAAGCUGGACAGUGGCCGCAUAUACGUUUUAGUUCCACAAAGAAGAAAAAUAGAACAAAAAAAAUGUGUUAGGGGCUUUAUAUUCAUUCUCAGAGAAGUUUUCAGUAGGCUGAUUCCUCUGUCAGAAGUAUUGAAAUUCUCCUUAAUAAAUUUUUGUUACUUCUCAAA